AUGCCCAAGACCUCCACAGCACGAUGCGAUGAAGUGCACCCUAUAUGCGGGAACUGCUUAAAGCAUGGAGUCUCCUGUGAUUUUGGAGGAUGUCCUUCAAGUCCUGCUACUCCAGGAGUCAGCUCCCCCUCAAUACAGAAGAGCACUACUAAUACACCUGACUCUUUUGGGAACAACCCCUCUGCCUCUCCUCCUUCCCCAGGAUCCGGUUCUGCUCUUACCUCCUUCUAUCAAACGCCCAGGGACCUCGUAAGAACGAAUAUUGAUCCCGCAGCCUCGCGCCUGCUCGAGCUUAGGCUUAUGCACCACUUUACUGCAAAGACCUACAUGACCUUUACGGAGAUAGAAGCCGCUCGACAUGCAUGGCAAGUCGAAAUACCAGAGAUAUCAUAUGAUGCACAAUAUCUCAUGGAUGCUAUACUUGCCGUUUCGGCUCUCCAUCUCCGCGCUCAACACCCCAACGACCAAGUCCUGAUCCGAGCCUCACAUCGCUAUAUGGCCUCAUCAAUUGCCCAGUACUCCUCUCUUCUUGAUGGCGGCCUAUCUGAACUCAACUCAGAAGCCCUUUUUUCUACCUCGGCCCUCAUAGCCUUCCAGACAUCGGCAUCACGAAGAUUCGAGGAUUUCCAGGGAGAGGGAGGAUAUACUCUGCCCCUUGCGUGGUUCCAUUCCUUUCAAGGCGUCAAGACAGUAGUUAUGGCUAGCUGGCCGUGGCUGAGGCAGAGCAGUCGGGUUUCUCCUAUUAUCAAUGCGCAGCCAGCACUCUAUUUAGACCUUGAUCCUUACCGAAAGCUAUUCUUUGCGCCUCUCCUGGAAGGCGUCGAUCAGCAGAUCGAAGGCUUGCCAAGACAAUUAGGCGAAGAAACCAGACAAGCAUACGAACACUCAGUUGCGUUUCUGAACUGGGCGCAUUUGAAACCAACACGCUCCAGAAUCCUAGGUUUUGCUGCUACAGUGUCGCGCAGAUUUGUGGAAUUAUUCACACAGCAUGAUCCGCGUGCCCUUUUGAUUGUCAGUUGCUUCUUUGCUCAAAUGAGAGCGGUAGACAACGUCUGGUGGCUCGAGGGUAUGGCGAAGCGGGAAGUCAAUGGAAUACGCAGUCUAUUACCCCCCAUGUGGUGGCCAAUGAUGGAAUGGUCAUUGCGAGUUGCCAACCAUGAAGGUCCCGUAACUGAUGAGAUUUGGGGCACCCGCGUAACUGGAAUAAGGAUUGAAGAAGAGAAUCUUGUCGCUAGGGGCCCUACGGUUAGCAAUCAUAUAGAUAUUUUGGCUUCCAUUCUCGAGACUUAUGCGCCUCCGGGACCACCGGAUUGA